AUGGCUGAAUCGAAAAGAGUCGACCAGCAUGAUUUUGACUUUAUAGAGAUAUUAGGUACAGGAGCAUAUGGCCGCGUGGUAAAAGCAAUUAAAAAAGACACCGGAGAAACUUUUGCAAUCAAAAUCGUUGAAAAAUCUCUUCUAAAAAAAGUAUAUUUUACAUAGGAAAAUAAAGAAAAGCAAGCUUUAAUUGAAAAAAAUAUUUUGACCAAGCUUAAAACCCACCCUGGGAUCAUAAAACUCCAUUACACUUUUCAAGACGCUGAAAAUUUAUUUUUUGUGCUUGAAUAUUGUCCAAACGGUGAUUUUGGCAGCCUAAUUUCUUCAUUUAAGCCAUCAUUCCCAAUAGAACUCGCGCGUUUUUACACAGCUGAGCUUAUUUUUAUACUUGAUCAAUUACACAGUGAAGGCAUAGUCCACCGAGAUUUAAAGCCCGACAACCUUUUGCUAUCUCAAGAUUUCCAUUUAAGACUAUCAGAUUUUGGCACCGCCAAAGAAGUGUCCCAGGAGCCUGAAAAUUCCCAAGAUCAAGACCAUGAAUUGGAAAGACGCGGGACCUUUGUAGGAACUGCUGAGUAAAAAAUAUUUAGAUAUGUCUCUCCUGAGCUUCUAAAUGAUGAAAAUGUAGGGCCUAGUGCCGAUUUAUGAGCACUUGGCUGCUCAAUUUAUGAAAUGAUGGCUGGGAAGCCACCUUUUCGAGGUGUCAGCAGUUUUAUGAUUUUUGAACAAAUUAGAGAAGGGAGAAUUGAGUUCACUGAAAAUAUGCCAGAUGAUGGAAUUGAUAUAGUAAGGAAACUUUUAGUUGUAAAUCCAGCUGAUAGGCUUGGAGGCGGCAGUUUAGGCAGUGCAAAUGAUAUGAAUGCAUUGAAAAAUCAUCCUUUUAUUAGUGGAUUUGACUUAAAUUCUAUCAUGUCUCAAGCAGUUCCAUAUGAAAAUAUGCCUGAAAUAAAUCACCCUAAAGAAAAUGACGUUUUAGAAAUAGAGCUCUUGAAUAGAGAAGAAAAUAAAGAGCCUGAAGUGCUGAUGAUAGGGAUCAUUAAAAAAUGAUGUAAAUGGGUUUAUAGAAAAAGACAGUUAAUUAUCACAGAUGAACCGAGGGUAUUUUAUAAAAAUUUAGAAAAUCUUUAUAAAGGUGAUAUAGAAUUUUCAGCUGUUUUAAAAGCUGAGGCAAAGAAUGAUAAAGAAUUUGUUGUUAUUAAUAUAAUAAUAAAUAGGCAAAUAGAUAUAAAUAAUUGAUAUUUUGGGUUAUUUUGUUUAGAAAAGAAUACAACCUCAAAAAGGAGCUAUUUUUUUAAGGAAAUUUUAGGAAACUCUCAUAAGUGGGUUGAAACUAUAAAUAAGCUCGUAAGAGACCAUUUCCAUAAAGCAGGUGAAUCUCCUAUGCAUAUGGCUGUAACUCAAAAAUAA